UCUGAAGAAGAGAAUGAAAAUACAAGAAAGAGCAGAGACCGAGCCAAAUCCUGCCUUCCCCUACAAUGGCUCUCGCACAUCUCUUGUCUCAAGUUCUACAUCUGUUUCAGCUGUUUAUCUUUCUUUUCCAACUUCUUGGUGCCAGAGGCCAGACACCAGAGAUAAUACAAACUCCAGAGACCUUGUCGGUGUUCGCAGGAGAAGAGUUAACUCUGAAUUGUUUAUUGAGAGGGAUCGGAAGGCCAGGAGGGGUCCGGUGGUACAGGGGUCCGGACAGAAACCAACCGGCCAUUUAUACUCAAAGAGACGCCUCUCCUCGAGUGGCGAGGCUUAUUCCUAUAUCCCCCACAGACUUCUCCAUCACCAUCAGUAAUGUUCGACCUGAGGAUGCUGGGACCUAUUACUGUGUGAAAUACAAAAAGACAUCAGGAACAGAGGUGGAAGAAACUGCUGGGAAAGGCACCGUCGUUUCUGUGAUUGCGACACCUUCGCAGCCACUUAUCCAAGCACCCAUCAGCCGAGUGGAGGCGGGGGCCUCGGUGACUUUCAAUUGUACCUCCGACCGGUUCUCUCCCCGAGACAUUACAGUCACCUGGUUGAAGGACUCGAGGCCCAUCCAGCCCUUGCGGACCACCGUUCGCCCGGAAGGAGAGAGCAUCUCCUAUGAGGUUUGGAGCUCCGUGGAGGUGCAGCUCGCGAAAGAGGACGCAAAGUCGCAGCUCAUCUGCCAGAUUGAACACAACACUUUGAGAAGUCCCUUGAAGCAGAGCUUUAGUCUUGGGGAUGUCCUCCGAGUUCCGCCUAACGUCCGAGUGGAAAUCGACCCGCCUCCUCCUGUCCACCUGAACCAUACUGUGACUGUCACCUGCAACGUGGAGAAUUUUUAUCCGAAUGAUGUCAUUGUGGCCUGGCCUGAAAAUGACAAGAGUGAAACAGUAACUGAUGAAUCUCCGGUCCAGCAUUGGGAUGGGACGUUCUCUCUCAAGAGCUCUCUGGUGGUGAAGGCGACUGAAGAGAGGAAUCUGUCCAUAUUUACUUGCCUGGUCAGACAUAAUUCUCAGCCUCCAGUUAGCAAAACAGCAACGUUGAUCAUCCGAAACGACAGUAGCGAGCCCACUGAAGAUCGACUGGUACACUCCGUCUCCUACCCUUUUGGCCUCUGGAUUGGACUUUUCCUGAGCAAGAUUAUAACUGGUUUCUUCCUUCUUUUCCUUUUUCUGAGAAAAGAGCGUAGGAAGUGAACUCCGUGAUCUCAA